UUCAAGUUAUGGAACCUCGAAGCAUUAGCUUUGCAGAGUUUCAAUCAUGCCACUUCCUCAUUGGCAUCGUUCUUGCAUUGUGCAUAACCCAAGUCUCCUCUACCACAAAUGAAACCGACAAACUCUCUUUGCUCGCGUUUAAGGCUGGAAUAACCGAGGAUCCUCUUGGCGUACUCAGCUCGUGGAAUGGUAGCAUGGGGUUCUGCCAGUGGAAUGGUGUCAUGUGCGGUCGCAAGCACCAAAGGGUCAUAGUAUUGGACUUGCGUUCGCAGAAACUCUCUGGGUUGAUCUCUCCUCAUAUCGGGAACCUCAGCUUCUUGAGAGAAUUGUGGCUCGUAGACAACAAUUUCGAUCAUGAAAUCCCUCCGCAAAUCAGCCGGUUGAGCCACCUACGAGUCCUACGACUGGAGUCCAAUUCAUUGGUUGGUGAGAUUCCCGAAAACAUAACAGCUUGCUCUGACCUUGUCAGCCUCGUUCUUGAAUGCAACCAACUAACUGGCAAAAUUCCUUCACAAGUCGGUUUAUUAUCAAAUCUACGAAAUUUUUCUUUGUAUGCAAAUAAUCUAACCGGGAGUGUGCCUUCCUCCAUUGGGAACUUGUCUUCACUAAAGGGGCUUAUUUUUACGCGAAAUAACUUGGGUGGGAAUAUUCCUUCGGUCUUUAGCCAGUUGUCAAAAUUACAAUACUUUUAUGUGGGAGGAAACAAACUGUCUGGUCCAAUUCCAUUUGGACUUUUGAAUCUCUCUUCUUUAUCUAUGAUCGAUCUAGGAGUCAACCAAAUCCAAGGGAGUCUUCCUACAAACAUAGGCUUCACACUUCCAAAUCUUCGGUUGUUUAGCAUCGGCAUGAACCUAUUUGAGGGACAGAUUCCUUCGUCAAUAUCAAAUUGCACAAAGUUAGUGGCACUUCAACUUGGAGAGAACAAACUUUCAGGUGAAGUGCCUUCUUUGGAAAAUCUGCAAAAGCUUCAAUGGUUCGCCAGUUUCGAUAAUCAACUCGGGCAUGGAAAACCCGAAGACUUGAACUUUGUUUGCUCACUAACAAAUGCCACAAAGUUAAAGGCAUUGCAUAUUGCUAGCAACAGUUUCGGUGGAGUUCUGCCUAAAUGCAUAGGUAAUUUAUCCACCACCCUCAGAAUAUUUGAUGUGUCUGAGAAUCUAAUAUUUGGAGAAUUUCCUAGACGGAUUGAAAAUUUUGUGAACCUUGAAGUAUUGAUUAUGUACAAAAAUAAGUUGUCAGGUGUUCUUCCAUCGAAUAUGGGGAAUUUACAAAAUUUAUCGUUAUUGGAGUUAAGUGAUAACUACCUAGAAGGGAGAAUCCCAUCUUCUCUAGGAAACCUAACCAAGUUGACUCUACUAUAUUUGGCUUGGAACAACUUUCAAGGUCAAAUCCCUUCAGAACUAUCUUCUAACUGCGACUUUUUGAACGGACUUGAUCUUUCCAAUAACAAUCUCAGUGGUACCAUACCCCCACAAAUUAUGGGUAUUUCAUCACUGACCAUUCUCUUGGAUUUGUCUCAUAACCAUCUAACGGGACUUUUACCCAUGGAAGUAGGCAACUUGAGGUUUUUGACCACAUUAAACAUCUCCGAAAAUAUGUUAGGAGGUGAAAUUCCAAAUAGUUUAGGUGAUUGCGUUGCAUUGGUAUCAUUGAGGAUGGGGGGAAAUCUCUUCCAUGGGUCCAUUCCUCAAUCAAUGAGAUUGUUAAGAGGCAUUGAAGAACUGGAUCUUUCACACAACAAUUUUUCCGGGGAGAUUCCACAGUUCUUGAAGGCACUUCGUUCUUUGAAAGUUCUGAAUUUAUCUUACAAUAAUUUUCAAGGUAUGCUGCCACAUGAAGGAGUCUUUGAGAAUGCUACCUCUGCCUCUAUUAUCGGGAAUGCUAAGCUAUGUGGUGGAUUGCUAGAAUUUCAGCUUCCUAAAUGCAUCUCCAGUAGCUCCAAGAGUAGGAAAGUCCAUGUAUUGAGAUUGUUUGCUCUUGUUAUUUGCGGCCUUCUCGGAAUUGCUCUGAUUCUUGCUAUUCUUUAUCUCUCUUGGUGGAAGAUGCAAGUACCAAAACCAGUUUCAAGUUCUAUGGACGUUUUAUGUCCGCACGUAUCUUAUGGAGCACUCCUAAAAGCAACCCAAGGUUUUUCUUCAACCAACUUGGUUGGUGUUGGAAGCUUUGGUUCCGUUUACAAAGGGGUACUUGAGGACAAUGGGACUGCCGUUGCAGUGAAGGUGCUCCAUUUAGUGGGUCGUGAUGCCCUGAAGAGCUUCAUAAUUGAGUGCGAGGUACUAAAGAACAUCAGACAUCGAAAUCUUUUGAAGAUACUAACGGUUUGCUCGAGUACUGAUUAUCAAGGAAAUGAUUUUAAGGCCAUAAUAUAUGACUUCAUGGAUAAUGGAAGCCUGCAACAGUGGUUACACUCAAAAGCAACAUCAUCUCAUGUAAAUGAGCCUCCAAAGAAAGUGAAUUUCAUUCAAAGGAUAAAUAUUGCCAUUGAUGUUGCUUUUGCACUAGAUUAUCUUCAUCACCAAUGCCACAUCCCCAUCAUUCAUUGUGAUCUAAAGCCAAGCAAUGUCCUCUUAGAUGCUCAAAUGGUCGCACAUGUAGGCGACUUUGGAUUGGCAAAGUUCCUACUUGGAUCAUCCCUUGAUACUGUAGCUAAUCAAAUGAGCUCUGUGGGUCUAAGAGGGACAAUUGGUUAUGCUCCACCAGAAUAUGCAAUGGGAUGCAAGGUCUCAAGAGAAGGCGAUGUCUAUAGUUACGGCAUGCUCUUACUGGAGAUGUUCACAGGAUUGAGUCCCACCAAUGAUAGAUUUGGAGAUAAUUUGACUCUCCAUAAUUUCGUUGCAUCAGCUUUGCCUGAACAAGCAUUGGAAAUUACAGAUCACAUUCUACUUCUAGAAAGCGAGAGUCAUUUCGGCCCUAAUGGUCCUCAGCAUUGGCUUUCUGAAAGCAAAAGCAUCUUUCAAGAGUGUUUGGUUACAGUGUAUAAUAUUGGAGUAGCUUGUUCCAAUGAAGUGCCGGGAAGACGGAUGAGCACCAAUAGUGUCGCAAGUCAACUGCAAAGGAUUAGGCAAAAACUCUUUGCAUUGGGUUUCCAUGAACAAGACGAGUUAUCGCGGGUGAUAUGAUAAUUUCUUAAUCUCUCUUGUCUUAAAUAUUUAGCUUUGCCUAUGCUAGCGCCAACUUGCAUGUAAAAUGUGUAUCAAAAUAGAGAAUCAAGAAGAAGCUAAUAGUCGA